AUGGCCGAAACAGUAAAAGGUGGCGUCAAAGAUGACCUGUCUGAACCUCAGAUUAGCAAAAUAUUCGUCGGAGCGACGGUCUUCUUGACUGGUGGGACUGGUUUCUUGGGGAAACUCCUUAUCGAUAAAUUGCUAAGAUGCUGUCCAGAUAUCAAGAAGAUAUAUCUUUUAACAAGAGCAAAGAAGAAUAAAAGCAUAUUGAAGAGACUGCAAGAACAAUUUGAUGAUGCCGUAUUCGAUACUCUUCGUAAAGAAGUGCCGGAUUUCAUCGAAAAGAUAGGAGUAAUUGAAGGCGAUAUGGUAGAACUGAAUCUUGGAAUAAGCGAGGAAGACAGGACGAAACUAAUCAAUGAGGUAAAUUUUAUAUUCCACGGCGCAGCGACUGUGAGAUUCGACGAAAGCUUAAAAACAGCAGUCAAGAUCAACGUGCGCGGAGCGCGAGAAAUAUUGAAUCUUGCACGAGCUUGCAAGAAAUUGCGCGCACACGUUCACAUAUCAACCGCUUACAGUAACUGCACUAGAAAAGAUAUUGACGAGGUAUUCUACGAAAGUCUUAUACCGGGAGAGAAGCUGAUUGACAUUGCUGAAUACAUGGAUGAGAAAUUAUUAAACGCCAUAACUCCAGGAUUACUGGGUGACUAUCCAAACACUUACGUGUAUACAAAGGCGGCAGCUGAAGACAUAGUCCGAACAUAUUCAAAGGGUCUUCCGGUCGCUUUGUUUAGACCGUCUAUAGUUGUAUCAACCAGUAAAGAGCCCGUACCUGGAUGGACAGAUAACGUAAACGGACCAACUAGCUUGAUUGUUGGCGUGGCUGUUCGUCUUCUCCGUGUUCUGAACUACAACCCAAAGACAGUAAGUGAUAUGGUCCCAGGUGACUUCGUAGUGAACAGCUGCCUUGCUGUCUCUUGGAAGACCGCCAAGACCUAUCUUGGUAAUCACAAAGAAGCUCCAAUGGAUCUACUGCCAGUUGUGUAUAACUGUGUAUCAUCUGUAGAAAAACCCAUCACAUAUGAGUUAUUCAUCAAAUACACCGGAGCGUACGACUUAGAAGUUCCGUCGACCAAACCUAUAUAUCCUUAUCUCUUCAUCCUUACGCCGUCUGCAUUUUUCUACCGCUUGUUGAACUUAGUUCUACACUGGAUCCCGGCUUACAUAGUCGAUGCGUUUCUAGUGAUGAUCGGAAGGAAACCUAUGUUAGUCAAAGCCUAUACGAAAAUAGCAAAAUUUUUUGCCUUAACCAACUAUUUCGGACUUCGAGAAUGGAAAUUCAGUAACGACAAUACUCAGAAUCUUUUCAAGGAACUCAGCGACGUCGACAAACGUACUUUUAACUUUGACGUGAGCUCGUUGGAUUGGAAGGAAUACUUUAAAAUUUACGUCAAAGGAUUGAGGCAGUAUAUUUUAACGGAUUCUCUCAAGACAAAAUACCUCAAGAUAUGAGGAAACACUUCAGAUUAAAAAUACUACAUUAUAUCGUUUUCACUGUG